AUGGCGCCCCAGCUCGACGGCUACUUCAAGCAGGUCGACGCCUCGGCCAACGACUUCAUCGAGCGCCUGCGCAAGGCCGUUGCCAUCCCCUCCAUCUCGGCCGAGGAUGCCCGCCGCCCUGACGUCGUGCGCAUGGGCGAGUGGCUCGCCGGCGAGCUCAAGAACCUCGGUGCCCAAGUCGAGCUGCGUCCCCUAGGCAAGCAGCCGCACAAGGAGCACCUCGACCUCCCUCCGGUUGUGCUCGCACGGUACGGCAGCGACAAGAAGAAGCGCACCAUCCUCGUCUAUGGACACUACGAUGUUCAGCCGGCCGACAAGAGUGACGGCUGGGCCACGGAGCCCUUUGAGCUAAAAGUCGACGACAAGGGCCGCAUGUUUGGCCGUGGCUCCACCGACGACAAGGGCCCUGUCCUGGGCUGGCUCAACGCCAUCGAGGCGCAUCAAAAGGCCGGCCUCGACUUCCCUGUCAAUCUGCUCAUGUGCUUCGAGGGCAUGGAGGAGUAUGGUUCUGAGGGCUUGGACGAUCUCAUCAAUGCCGAGGCCAAGAAAUACUUUGCCGACGCCGAUGCCGUCUGCAUUUCCGACAACUACUGGCUGGGCACGGAGAAGCCCUGCCUGACCGGUGUGUUUGGCGGAACUGCCCAGGAACCCAUGACGGACCUGGUCAGGCUCCUGGCGACGCUCGUCGAUACCGACGGCAAGAUUCAGAUCCCAGGCAUCAUGGAACAGGUUGCGCCCAUGACCAAGGAAGAGGAGAGCCUUUACGACGGCAUUUCCUUCACCAUGGACAACAUCUUCGAGUCUUUGGGCAGCCAGACGACCAUCCACGACGACAAGAACAAGACGCUCAUGGCUCGGUGGCGAUACCCGUCCCUGUCGGUGCACGGCAUCGAGGGCGCCUUUUCCGGACCCGGCGGCAAGACGGUCAUCCCUGCCAAGGUGGUGGGCAAGUUUUCCAUCCGUACCGUCCCCAACAUGGACAUCGACACGACCAACUCGUGUGUCUUCAAGUACGUCGAGGAGCAGUUUGCCAAGCUCAAGAGCAAGAACACAAUGAAGGUAUACGCCCAGCACUCGGGUAAGUGGUGGGCCGCGUCGCCCAAGCACUGGAACUUUUCCGCCGCUGCCAAGGCCACAGAGCGAGUCUGGGGCGUCCAGCCCGACUUUACUCGUGAGGGCGGGAGUAUCCCCGUGACCUUGACCUUUGAGGAGGCCACGGGCAAGAACGUUUUGCUCUUGCCCAUGGGCAGCUCGACGGACGGCGCGCACUCCAUCAAUGAGAAACUGGACAAGCGCAACUAUAUUGAGGGCACCAAGCUGCUGGGUGCCUAUCUUCACUAUGUUGCCGAGGAGCCCCAAUCUUAG